UGACUGAGAGGCCAAAGCAGCAGGAGUGGGUUAGUCGAAUGCUGCUACGGUUCCCCAGGAAAAUCACCCCAUGGGGUGUAAACCCGGUUAAAUAAGGGCCAAAAUACCAACUCUGCCUUCGACGGGUUGCAGAGGAGCGUGACGUGGACUCAUCACAGAACGUCUUGGUGGAGCGAAGUAUUUUAUUCGAGUUUUGGUAGCGUUUCCUUCUCCGUUUAAUUUACGCAAGAAGGUUCCUCCAUUAUGGCAAACAUGGUGCCCCUUAAAGACAUCGCCCCUGCAGCCACCAACACUGUGAACACACAAUUUAUACUGCUGGAGAAGGGCAGCAUAACCCAAGAUGGGAAAGAGAGAACAUGCUUGACAUUAGUUGCUGAUGAAGCUGCUUCAGUUCACUUCCAGAUGUGGGGAAGUGAGUGUGAGGCCUUCGAGCCUGGGGACAUCAUCCGUCUCAGUAAUGGUAUAUUCUCUUAUCACAAGAACAAUCUGGUGCUCAGGGCAGGCAAGAAAGGGAAGGCUGAGAAGGUUGGAGAGUUCACCAUGUUAUUUGUUGAGACACCUAAUAUGAGUGAGAUCCGUUGGGCACGCGAUCCCCAUAAUCCUAAGAAGUUUCUGCAGGAAGCUGUCAUCUCGCCUCACUCCCGGAUUUUUCCACCGUCACAGUGAUGCAUGACAAUAUUCUACUCAAUGUUUUGGACCUUUUCAAAAGCUGAUCUGAGAGAAGCACUGAUGUUAUCAACCCCAAUCCUGAUGGAGGAGAUGCCUGGCCUGUUAAAGAUGAUGUAGUUCUUGAGCUUGAAUCUGUAUAUACUUGUCCUUUUCACUUCACUGUUAUAAUAUGCUCAAUGUCUAGCAAUUUCAUUCAUCUAUUUUUAUGCGAAAAACAGCUUCCCUUGGUCUUUCCCCU